GCCCAGUCGCUCCCCUGUUCAAACGCUCUGAACCCUCGAGUCUCUCUGCCCUCGACCACCACCCAACGGAGUCGACGUCUGUACAUGCGUGCAAACAGUCUGGUCUACCAACAAGACAAUGUCGUCUCCGUUCAAACCCCAGCCCGAGGCUGUCGCGGACAGAGUGCUCAGGAGGGCUGAAAUUCGCAAGAUGGCCAGGAGGUUGCAAAACCGACUUGCCCUUGCGCAAUUCAAGACGAAGCAUAACCUUGUAAACGAGACACUGGACACUAUCGAGCCCAAAUUCGAGCACGAGAUGCGCCGCAGACGGCUGCAGGACCGAGAUAUCCUGUCCGACUCGUCCUCGAGCGCCUCCGAUCUCCCAUACUCGGCGAGGGCACUCAUGAGUUCUCCGCUCAAAGCGCCGCUGUUUUCCGACGCCAUUGGGUCCAGCAACGGCAGCACUGGCCACAGGAAACGCACUUAUAUGGCCUCGUUCGAUGAUACGUUUUCGAGCCCGAGCAAGCGAUUCCGCCAGUCCCCCACGGCACACAGGUCCUUCUCAGGCCACCACUACCAGCAGCAGCACCAAUUUACUCAAUCCUCACCGAUAAAACCGAGAAGGCAACAGCAUUUUACGACUUCAACUGGCCCAGAUCUGUCGUUCUACUCGGGUUCUCGGCAAAUCAGUGACGUCCUCACACCGACGAACUACGCGGCCAACUCCGACGACGAAGACGAUUUACCGACGCAUUCCUUCCACACCAGCCAUAUCCGGGUGUCGCCGCCCCGCACGCCCCCUAUGCGGAGCCGCAGCUUAGCCAAGAAGCCGAAGGAGCGGCCGCCCGUCCAGGAGACAAAGUCAGGCGAGGAGGGCGCCGAUCUGCUGCUAUAUCUUGCCGCAUCGCCCUCGCCGGCGAAUCCACCGAAGAUCAGGAUGGAUCCUCCGUCGACGCCGCCCCCGAAGAACAACAAGCUGGCGCUGCCAUCGUCCAUGAUGACGACUCCGGGCGGCGGUAACCCCUACCCGGCGACGCCCGGGCUCGGCUUCGACUUCGCCGAGUUCCUUCACAUGACGCCCAGCCCGGCACAAAAGCCCUGGAAAACGCCUGCCACUCAUACAGGCGGCAAGACGCCGCGGAGCGCGGCGAGAAGACGGCUCACGUUCGACGACACGCCCUCCUGAGGGGGGUAACGACGACUGCCAAUCUCGACUCUUCUUCUACCCCGACUCUCCACGUCCAGCGCCCACCCUCCUUUGAUCUCAUAUUUCCCUACUGUUUCAGCACGACUUACCCGCCACUGCUGCCUUUCGGCAUCCCCUGCUUCCAAGACUCGGCUGUCACAUUCUAUUUUAUCUCUU